AUGAUUCUACAUGGAGUGGGUUGUCGAACCUUUCGUCCCAAUCCUCGAGUCCAAGAUUUGGGGGAUGUCAUUCAAAUGAACAGGAUCACGAGACAAAAGCUAAAGAUAAGUAAAUACCACGUCAGCCACAAGUCUGUUAAUGAUGAGGGCGAAGAAAUGUUGGUCCCAGAUGCUGGGGUCUCCUCUGCGCUUUCUACCAUUCGCAAGGCGAAGGACUGGACUCGGCGAACGUCCAUACCACUCUCCAGGGAUUCGACGAAACGGAGAAAGCAAUGUGUCAACCAUGGACGGUAUAAAUCUACCCGGCUCAUGACACCGCACUCAGAUGAAAGUGAAGAAGAAACCAAUAAUUGCGUCAACUGUGAUGCGCAAAGGUCUACAAAUAACAAACACAGCCGUCAGGUAGAAAACACAAACAGAAAGAGUUCAGAUGGCAAUAUGGCGUUCCCUGCCCUCUCUGUGAUGGGUGGCGGGGGACAGGUUGUCAGAUCCCGAAGUAAAGUCAGCAUCAAUGAACCCGAUGACGAACAACGAAGCCCGUACCGAAACAGCAUCAACUUAAAAAACAAGGAAACGGUCAUUCUCAAUGUUGGUGGACAAAUUUUCGAAACAUAUAAACAAACACUUAGCAGAUUAAAAUCAUGUAAGCUGGCCAGUGAAUCAGAACUUCGAAGAUAUUAUCGUGAAAGCAAGGACGACUACUUUUUCGACAGGGAUCCGCAGUUAUUCAGUGUUGUGUUGAAUUAUUUACGGACAAAUGAACUUCAUCUGCCAACGUAUCUUUGUGGCCCAGCAGUCCAGAGGGAAUUUGACUACUGGGGGAUCGAGGAAGAGGACAUAGAACGAUGCUGUUGGCAGCCCUACAACACGUGGAAAACUCAAAACAAGUCUUUGGAGAAGUUGGAGUACGAUCGAAAAAGAUCCAUGACUCAGCAGCAUUUAGAGAAAGACAGGAACAGCCCACAUUUCUGGACCCGAUGUAAAGCUGUAGUGUGGAACUUCCUUCAAAACCCAAAUACCUCACUAGGUGCUAAGAUAUAUGCGUGGAUUUCCAUCAUUUUUGUCUUCCUUUCUAUUUUCUCAUUCUGCGCGGAAACGCAUCCAUUAUUUCGGAUUUCAAAACAUACAGAUUUCCUCAAGGACUAUGAAACUCUAUACGAUCUCUUCACAUUUUCCAACAUUCACGAAGCCCGAAACCACACGGUCAUCCAAUCGAACACAACCACCGCCGAUCCCGUGGUUCCGAAAAAUGACACAGUAGUUCAUCCGGCGCUCAUUAUCAUGGACCUUGUUUGUGUGUCGUUUUUUACGGUGGAAUUUUUAACCCGAUUCAUUUUUUGUCCCCGGAAGUGCCAAUUUAUUACCGCCUUACAAAACAUAAUCGAUUUCGUUGCUAUACUUCCAGAUUAUAUCGAAUUUUUCUUAAAGCUUUCCAAUCCACAAGGAAAUGACUGGCCUUUCAUGGACUUCAUUUUUAUUUUACGCAUGUUAAGGUUAUGUCGUAUAUUUAGACUCAUCCGCCAUGUUCCUGGACUAUGGAUAUUACUUUAUACUCUAAAGGCUAGUUUUAAUGAACUCCUCCUUAUGUUUGUCUUUCUCCUGAUUGGGAUGGUCAUCUUUGCCUCCUUGAUACAUUUUGCGGAACCGGACAGUGGCUACGACAACAUUCCAAUAGGUUUCUGGUGGAGUGUCAUUACUAUGACAACUGUGGGUUACGGUGAUAUGAACCCUGCAACAGCUCCUGGCUACGUCAUCGGAAGUCUCUGCGCAAUAUCCGGUUUAUUGAUGAUCGCUUUCACUGUCCCAAUUAUUGUUAGUAACUUUGUUCUGUACUACACUCAUGUCCAGUACGGUUGUAUUCGCCAUGGACGAGAUAAAUCUAAGUUACUGGACAUCACGAGCGAUGAGGAGGAAGAAGAUGAAAAAGACGAAAGUUUGAAGGACAUUUGCUGUCAGGUGGAUGAGGUGAAGCAGACGAAAGAGGAUGAAAAGGAAGAUAAACAGUCUGAAUUAACUGAGAAUGGUCAUUCUCGAGGAACAGAUGGCAACUGCAAUAACCUUGGAUGAAAUGUAUAAAUACCAUGAUUAUGAUUUAGUUUGAUCAACUUACCUUUUCAAUUGUCUGUUCAAUUGUUAAUAGACCUUCUACAUGCAAUGUAUUGUCAUAUUUUGAACGUUUAUCUGUAACGUAGUUUUAAAUAAGUUUUGCAUUUAUAUUAGAUUCAGGAAAUUUUUCCAUGAGAAUUGAGCACAUUUCAAAUUGAAUGAUAGAAACAACUUCUUUAUUUUAAAAUUAUAAGUCAUGGUUCAUGUAUACUCAUGUUCACAUUCCCAAUAUACACAGAUUUAACAUCCACUCCCGCUCUUCCGUGUACAGUGGGGACGGAUUCAAAAUCUAUGGCUUUUAUUAUGAUGGCACUUUUCUUGAAAAAGUUAUACAUUUCUUGAUUUCGCGUCAGAUAGUGUAAAAUUCUUUUUAUAUCACAUAUUUGACACAUUGUUUCAUUUAAAUCAUUCCAAGUGUCUACAUUCAUACAACAAUGUUUCCUAUUUUCAUUUUUAUGCAUAUUUUACUCUACCUUCAGGGGCAUUAUGAAAUAAAGCAGGUUUUAGAGCGAUAUUAAAGAUGCAGUAUUGUAUCUUACUAAGAAAUACUAUCUUUGAUGAUAAUUAAGGUAUCGAUAUAUCCCUUAAAUAAUAUCGAUUGGUCGAUAUAUCAAAUUAUAUAGAAUAUAAGUCACAUAUCUUUUAAUUCAAGAAAAAAAAAAUAAAACAGACCUUUGAGAAAAUUUUGUAAUAUCUGGUCUGACUCCAAUAUUAGAAAUGAGUCUAUAGCUUUAAUAGUGUGGCUAGACGGACAUUUUCAGUCCGUGUGAUCUCCGGACUAAUGAUGCAUUUUGCAAAAUAAAUCCGCAUCUGCAUGAUCUUUGAAAAUUUACAUGUAUUUAAUAAUUUUAAAUCCAUAUAAUAAUGCAUCGAUACUCAAAAAGAAAAAAAAUCGAUAUUGUAUCAUUUACAGUGUAUAUAUCAAUAUCUAUACUUAUAAGGUAUUGAUGGCAUUGAAAAUAUCUGCAAUAAAUGUUAUAUACUGUAGUUGUAGGAAAGUUUUGAAAAUAAAAUAUAUAGUUACA